GAAAAUAAAACACAACAAAGCGACCCGCUGCAACAAUCUCACAGAAAAUUGCUAUACAAUUUGGUAAAAUCAACGUAAAAUGGCGCUUUCCAUGCAAAAAAGAAAUAAUGUGCGUUUACCUCCGGAAGUGAAUCGAGUGCUGUACGUGCGGAAUCUUCCAUACAAGAUAACAUCCGAUGAAAUGUACGAUAUUUUCGGAAAAUACGGAGCUAUUCGACAAAUUAGAGUAGGAAAUACACCAGAAUCUCGUGGUACCGCCUUUGUCGUGUACGAGGAUAUCUUCGAUGCGAAAAACGCACGAGAUCAUUUGUCCGGAUUUAACGUGUGUAACCGGUAUCUGGUCGUGCUUUACUACCAGUCGACCAAGGCAUUCAAGCAGCUCGAUGUCGAUAAAAAACAGGAAGAACUGGACCAGAUGAAGGCGAAGUACAAUAUUAGUACGGAAGAAUUAAAAAAAUAAUUUUAAAGCAGCUAUUCUGUAAUUGAAGUAUGUAAAUUUAAAGAAAUACAACCGAUUUAAUA